AUGGCUAUAACUCAACGCCUAUCUCCUGCUCAUAGCAAAGGAGUGGGGCUCAAUAAGCCCCUCACUCAAGCGCAGCCUAAGACAAAACCCAAUCUCUUGCUAGCAAGCGAUAUACCCUCAUGGUACGCCACUAACGCCUUUCUCCGGACUGGCUACCGGCCUGUGAACGGAUCUGUCAAGCUGUGUUUUGAAAGCUUGCGACAUAUUCAUAACGAGACCGUCAACAUUUACUCCCACUUAAUACCAGCGGCCAUCGCCAUCGCCUGCAAUUGCUUCCUCCACCUGUAUUUCCACAGCCGCUUCCCAGAUGCACGUCUAGCGGACAGACUAGCUGUACACAUCUACUUAACUACCUCGAUCUUUUGUUUCGGUGUCUCGUCCAUCUAUCACACCGUGACCUGCCACUCAAAAGAUCUUUCAGGUCUCUGGAACCGCUGGGAUUAUGCAGGCAUCAUUGUUCAGACAACAGGCUCGUUCGUUUCGGGGGUCUACAUGACAUUCUACUGCGAGCCAACCCUAAGAAAGCUGUAUUGGACUAUGACUGGGGUGCUUGGGUUUUGCUCGACAACUAUUGUCGUGAAUCCCCGCUUUCAGGGCAAUCGAUGGAGACCACUUAGGAUCGCGACAUUUGUUGCCAUGGGUCUCUCAGGCCUGUUGCCUGUCAUUCACGCGACCUAUAUUUAUCCGUUUUCUCAACUUAACCAACAAGCCGGGGUUGGGUAUUAUCUUGUCGAAGGCCUUACACUUAUUCUUGGCACAGUCUUCUACGCGACCCACUUCCCCGAAUCCUGGGUGCCCGAGAAGUUUGAUAUUUGGGGAGCCUCUCAUCAGAUUUUUCACCUGCUAGUUGUUCUUAGUGCUGUAAUUCAUACGUGGAGUCUUCUCAGUGUAGAUGGGUGGAUUUAUAAAAAUCCCCCUUGCCUAGGCUGA